CGCAUGCGCCUCCCGAGAGUGAGCUUUCUCAGUUCCGCUAGCCCGCCCCGCGCGGCGGUUUGCAAGCUUCGGGUCGCCGGACCCUGGAAUUUUGAGGCUCCUCCCCUGGGAAAAUUGAGUUGUCUGUGCAGCCAAGAAACCAGGAGUUACAGCAGCGAGCGGAGUACGACUCGAGGUGAGUCUUCCAACUGCUGGCACCACCGGUAAACGAGACAAGGAUUUUCCGACGCUGUGGCGACCAGUACCACAUGCCCGGAACUUGCCGAGGUGGUGACACCGCCUUCCCUCGCGCUACACAUCCGCUGAUUGGUAUACAUCCUGAUCCUCAGACUAAAUAGAAAGCUAUAGGAAAGCAUGAAGCCCCAUGUAUAGUACUGCUCAAUAAAUCCUAUGGAGGAUGAGAAAGAAUACCAUGAAGACACCACUGUCCUAAAUAAUUGUGUUUGAUUUCACAGAGUAAAAUCUCUUUAAGAAGAAACUUAUGGUUGUCCAAAAAUGAUUGAGAUAGAGCAGGCGGAGGCCCAGCUCUCUGAGUUAGACCUGCUAGCCAGUAUGUUCCCUGGUGAGAAUGAGCUCGUAGUGAAUGACCAGCUGGCUUUAGCAGAACUGAAAGCUUGUAUUGAAAAGAAGACAAUGGAGGGGCGUUCUUCAAAAGUUUACUUUACUAUCAAUAUGAACCUGGACCUGUCUGAGGAAGCAAUGGUGAUGUUUUCUAUAGCCUGUAUUCUUCCCUUUAAGUACCCUGCAGUUCUGCCUGAAAUUACUGUCAGAUCAGUAUUAUUAAAUAGAUCCCAGCAGACUCAGCUGAACACAGAUCUGACUGCAUACCUGCAAAAGAACUGUCUUGGAGAUGUCUGUAUAUUGAAUGCCACAGAGUGGGUGAGAGAACAUGCCUCUGACUAUGUCAGCAAAGAUAUCUCAUCUACCCCCAUCACAGGAAGCACAGUCCAGUCAGUCGAUCUCAUCCUCACCAGACUCUGGAUCUAUAGCCAUCAUAUCUACAACAAAUGUAAAAGAAAGAAUAUUCUGGAAUGGGCAAAGGAGCUUUCCCUGUCUGGGUUUAGCAUGCCUGGGAAACCUGGUGUUGUUUGUGUGGAAGGCCCACAAAGUGCCUGUGAAGAAUUCUGGUCAAGACUCAGAAAAUUAAACUGGAAGAGAAUUUUAAUUCGCCAUCGAGAAGACAUUCCUUUUGAUGGUACAAAUGAUGAAAUGGAAAGACAAAGGAAAUUUUCCAUUUUUGAAGAAAAAGUGUUCAGUGUUAGUGGAGCCAGAGGAAACCACAUGGACUUUGGUCAGCUGUAUCAGUUCUUAAAUACCAAAGGAUGUGGAGAUGUUUUUCAGAUGUUCUUUGGUGUGGAAGGACAAUGACUGAGUAGAAGAGUAGUUCAAAGUAUUUUGGCCUUUUGAUUUUUUCCCCCACUUUUUCUUUAAAGAUUAAGUAAUCUUAUCUUAGCUCCAUUGUAGAAUGCAGGGGAGAAAAACAAGAAAAAGUAGUAUAGAUGGAAUGUAUCUGUUAAAAAUGUCAUGAUUGUUUCCAUUCUGUGUUUAGCUAAAAAGAAAAAAAAAAAAUGUCAUGAUUGAAAGCAGAACUGAGUUUCAAAUUACAAUCUUAAAAUUAUUGAUAGAAAUUUCUUGACAUAAUAAACUACCCAUUUUGAAAGAGAAAUUAUCUGUGAAGGUAACAUUGGUGUCCAACUUGACAGUCAUUCCCACCCCCCUUAUCCCUUACCUGCCUCCACUAUACAACCUGGAAAAACUAAUUGCCCAUCCUCUUAGUCUCUUUUACAGCUACAGGUGGCCUCCGGAUUUCUGGGAAAACUUUUGCUUCCUGAUUAAAGUGAUAGAUGCAGCUAGGCCACCUCUUCCAGCUCUUUCUGAAGUAACAGCUGGAGCUGGAGUAGUGCUCUCAACCACAAGGGAAGGAAGGGCCAAGAGAACCAUUCUUGGUGGCUAGGCCCCACAUGUUGAGCUGCUGACCCUGCCUAUCUCUAGAGGUCUUAUUAGGAAAUAAAACUAUUUUUUAUUUAAUUUCUAAGCUCUUUAUUAGUUAAAAGGUAGUUUAUCAAAUAGUUUUUUUUCAAAGCUUUAGUUUUGCAUGUACCAUUUAAUAUACAAAUAUGUGAAGUUUUUCUUAAAUGGAACUUGCACUUCAUUUCUAUUUUUACGAACUUAUGCUCUACACCUGUUCUUUGGCUUGCCUCACAGAAGGAUGAGGCAUGAGUAGAACAUGAACUUUGUUUUAAUAGGCCUCAGAAUUUCAUCACAUUAGUAACUUAGAGAAUUCAUUUUUGGCAAAUUAUAUUUAGACAAAUUUUUCAUUCUGGAAGUAGCUUUCUAUAAAUUUAUUUUUGGCAAGUUGACCUAGAGGCAAACAAAACACUACUUGGUUUUUGAGGCCCUCCAUAAAUCAGUUCCAAAAGAAUUCAUUAAAUAUUUACUAAUUGCUACCACUCAGGUUCCUACCAUGUGUUGGAUACUUCUUAAAGAGUCAGACUUGGUUAGGGGAAUGAAGUUGGGGUGAGAUAUGAUACAUUGUUUAUCUUAGUAAAAAGUCGGAGGCAAACUAUGUCCAUCAUUAAGUGAAUCAAUAAGUCAAAUAGAGCAUAUGAUAUGUAAUACAGUGUAUUAUAGCAGUCACAGAAAGUAAAAUGGAACAAGGCAAUGUAGUAGAUCUUAUAAGGUGGUUAAACACAAAUGAGAAUCAGAAUGGUAUUUGUAAAGCACAGUGCCUGUAUUGGAUGAAAGUCCUUAGAUUUUCUGCCCACCUCCAUUGGCUCUGUUAGUUGCCCUGGAAAUCCCAGUUCUUCAUUGACUGCCAUCCGACAGCCAGAUGGACUAGCUGUGUGUCUAGAGUUUCUGACUCCUCCAGCUACCACCGGAUUUGGAUUAAAUACCCCACAAAACAUGGUAUCUGACAUCCCUAGAGACCACCAAAGGGAGCAGACAAUGCGUGUAUUACUUUAUUUUUAUUUUUUUUAUAAGCCUGGAAUUUAAUGUCUUUACCAAUAAAAGAAUUAUACACAGACAGUCCCUGCUUUAUAAUGCUUCAACUUGGAUUUUUCAAUUUUACAAUGAUUUUGUCACCAUAUUCAAUGCAUUUUUGACUUAUGGUAUUUUCAACUUACAAUGGAUUUAUCAGGGCAUAUUCCCAUCAUAAGUUCAAGUGCAUCUGGAUUUAGGAUGGUUCAACUUAAGAUUUUUCAACUUUGCAUGUAUUACUUUAAGUAGAAAUAAACUGCUAUAACUUUAUCAGUCUUUGUACAUUAUCUUAAAAACCACAUUGCUAUGUAUAAUACAUAAGAUCUCAAAUGUAACAUAAAAACAGAAUGUAAUAAAGUAGCUUUAUAAAUUUUC